AUGAAAGAAAAUGCACUGCCACCCGAUAAUGAUUUUGAUGCAACUUCAUUACAACGUUGUCGUGAUAUACUCUAUAUAAAUAUAUUCGAUCAACUUGAUGUUGAUUUACCAACAACAGAUCGUGAACGUGAUCAAGUUAUAAAAAAACGUAUUGCAAGAAAUUGGCUUGGUUCAGUUAAAAUACCAUUUAGCAAUAUUUAUGUUAAUGGACGAUUAGAAGGUAGCUAUCGUAUAAGUGUACCUAAUCCAUUAUUAGGUUAUGUAAGAGAAAAAUUAAAUCAAGCAAGACCUGAAACAAGUGGAAUGCAAUUACCAGCUAGUGUUCUUCGAAUGUUUGUUACAAUGGAACCAGUCUUAGCACCACCGGAAACAUUUCAACAAUCAUUUGAUAGUACAGAAUCACUUGCAUUACUUAAUCAUGCUCGUUCUUGGGUUGAAGAAUUAAAUAAGAAAUUUCCUAAUCGAGAUUAUAAAGCAACAGUAUCCGAUAUUAAUGGUCGAGCUGUAUUUAUACCACGUUUUCUUCAUCCAUUACCAUUGCCACCACUUAAUGCAACAACAGAUGAAGGAACAACGACGGGUGUAGGUGGAACAGAUAAUCAAAUACAAUAUCAACGUUUGGCUCGUUUUGUUUCAUUAAUACCAUUUCUUUCUGACACCGUUACUUUUCCAGGAAUAUGUGAUAUUUGGGAAACAUCAGAUCAAUUUUUACGUACAAUGGCAGGUGAUGAUGAAGAACAUGCCGUCUUAUUGAAUAAUUACUUUUUAAAGUUGAAUAAGAAAAGUUGGGUGGCUAUGGGUGUAUCAAUUUAUAGUGGUCCAUGUUGUUUUGUUUUAACAAAAGAUGAUACACAACGUUUUCCAACUUGUUGGAGUAUAUCUGAUGGACAAGAUGCAUCAACACUUGAUACAUGGAAUCCAAUUCAAAGUAUAUAUCUAUUAGCAAAUCAAGAAAAUGUUUGGGCUAAUAUACAAGAUCAAGAUUUACCAUCAAGAAUGAGUUUUGAUGUUAGUAAUACAAAACAAUGGCGACCAUUUUUUGAUCGUUCAUUUCCACGUGAAAAUGCACUUUGGACAUCUGUUCAGCCAGACGAUCUUCAUUAUGAAGCAACACGUGGUGAUGAUGUUAUUUUACUUGAAAAGAGUAUUUAUGAAAUUUUACGUGAUAAAUUUAUUGAAUGGCGUGAACCACAUGUUACACAUUGGCAUUGGGCUUGUCAAAAACGUUUACAACAAAUCAUUAAACGUAAAGAAAUACUUUUAACAAUGGGACAAGCUAAUGCAAAUGAAAUUGAACAAGAAUUAACAGAAUUUCAAGCUACAAAUGAAAUUACUGGAUUUCCUUUACAAAUGCCAUAUAGUAAUAUACAAACAAUAGUUGAUGCUGUUUAUUCAACAAAAAUGUUUGAACAUCCAACAAGUGGAAUUGAAUUUGCAUUAGCUGUUCAUGUUCAUCCAUAUCCAAAUAAUAUACUUGCUGUUUGGAUUUAUUUAGCACAUUUAAUAAAAAAGACAAUCGUUUAA